GGACAUUGGGGGACUUGGUGCCACCCCCCCGCGCUGACCUCGCUCCGGGCCACGAGAAGCCACCGGGGGCCGCGGUGUCGCCGGGAGCGUGGGGACGGUCACCAGGGCCCCCCGCGCCCCCCCAGCGCCGCUCCCUGCCCGGCAGAGCUGCAGAUGAUGGUGGAGCAUCACCUCAAGCAGGCGCAGGGCGGMGACGACGACGAAGAGGUGGCGGCCACCGCCCGCUGCCACCGCGGCGACCCCGAGCACCGCCACAGCCCCGGCGGCUCCUGCCCGCUGGCCGCGCCCCAGAGCGGCCACCGGACCCCCGGGGAUGGCACCCCCCAGGCCGGGACCCCCCGGGCCGGGACCCCCGGGACCGCGCGGCGCGGGCGGGCGGAGGACGGGAGCCAUCGAGAGCCCGGGGCCAGCGCGGCCAGCGGGCAGUAGGUGUGGCCGCGGGAGCCGGACGCCAGCGGAGACUUUUUUAUUCCAUUUUCUAAGAUUUUGGGGCUGC